ACCUAUCCCUGCGCGGAGAUUCUCGGCCUCUCCUUUCAUGAAGGAUGCCGGAUCUACUUUACCUGCUAGGAAGCCCGUGGGGGCCUUUCGUGGAGGAAUCUUUGGCUUCCUCUCUGGAGCGGUUGCGGCGGGCGCAGUUGUCUACUACUACAUCUUGGGAGAGUACAGAACGUCCAAUGAGAUGUUGAAUGAAGAUAUCAAUGCUUUACAAUCUGCAACUCAAAAACUUCAAACUUACAUUGGAGAGCUGGAGUCGAGGAUGGACCAGCUACAAAAGAAAAAAUAAACGCUUCGAUAAGCAGAAUCUGUGCUUGAUUUCAUUUUCAUUUCAUCCGGAGUUACUCUUUGUGUUCGAGUCGACUUUUUCUAGCAUCAUUGGUGAACUCAUCUUGUGGUAUAUCUCUCUCUCCUGAAACGGGUUCUAUGUGGAUGAAAUACUUGUCAAGAUCUGUAACUUGUGAUUUUAAUAUCUGUACAGAAAUAAAAUAUACUCUUAUCC